CAUAAUUCACAAUGGAGCCCUUCGCCGUGUUCAACGUGUUUCUGUAUAAGUAGUCAGGUGACGUGUCGGAACCAAACCUGUCCCAACACACAAUGUAGAGCGGGUGAGGUGUUAUACCAGUCAGAUGGGGAAUGCUGUCCAAGCUGUAUUAGAUCAGGAAGUAUGUCAUCUCAAAUAUUUUGUAUAGACCUUAAUAUGCACAUGAUGUCACACAGACCGAAGCACGCCCUCACUCAGAGGACAAGCGAGGUUGCUAGAGGAUAUUCAUACAUGAUCAUAAGAUCAUUUUUAUUGACUUCAGUCUUGAGCGAUCACUUGUAAAGGAUGCAAGGUCAUGUGUGUCCUCUUAUAUGGCAUCAUGAGUGAUUGUUAAAUUGCUAAUGACAUCAUUGCAUAAGGUCUAUUAUAACCCUUUAUUAUAUUAACGAGUAUUUUAAAAAAUGAUAGGCCAUUUUAGUCAAAGUUGAUUGCACAAGGAAAAACAUAUCUGUGAGAGCUCCUUACAUUUCAUAGAGUAUGCACAGUAAUUCUUCCGCCCAGAAAGGAGAAAAUGGUGACAGAUAUUUGGAGCUCUGCGUCUCGCAAAACAGGCAAUUGUCUCUUCUGGGCAACCCUGGUGGUGUAGACACUUAUCUGAUACCAUGUGCCAUGAUUUGAUUCAGGGCAGGGAUGUGGACCUGAUAAGAUUUCUUAUUUAAACUUGGAGAAUGUGCUAUAAUUAUUAAUAUCAUCUAUAUAGAGUGUUUUAGCAAUGCAUUAAAAACGCGUAUUUUGAUCUGCAUGAAUUGCCCGUGCAGUAUCAGAGCGUAUCCCUAAAAAGGACCGAAAUCCGUCCAAUAUCCCAUAUGCUCCUGUACAAAAUUUGCUAUUGAAUAUGAGAGCAUAUUCAACAGUUCAGGGCGCGUGCGCGAAUGCGUGAAAUAUACAACGCGUACAACAAUGAAAGCAAUGCGAUGCGCAGCAUAGAGCACAACUACACUCAAUGAUGUCAUAAUGAACUACAUGCAAGUUGCAUUUCAACGACCAAAUUUGAUCCUUUGAAGUGAUGAUGGCAUAAUGUGAUAAGUGAUAUGACUUGUUCAAUCAUAUUGCUCCCUUUUUUGGGGGGGGGGGGUGGGAUAGAUGAUAAUAAUUAUAUUGGAUGGCUUUAUUUCAUGAAUUAGCAGAAAUAUUCCACUCGUUAGGGCCAAUAUUCCACUCAUCUGCGAUUCGUGAAAUAUUUUCCCGAACUCUUUGAAUAUUUCUGGUAUUCCAUUCUGAGCCAUCCAAUAUAAUAUAAAUAUCAUGAUACAAUCUUCCCCUUAAUUUGUAACAUUUUCAUCAUGAUUAUUGUGACUCUAUUGAUCUGUAAUGAUAAAUAUUGUGCUAUGGAAUCAGGGAUUAUUUCUAGAUAGAUGGCACGAUAUAAAUGCCCGUUAUCAUUAUUAUCACAAUCACAAGCUUGUACAUUUCUAAAGUAUGAAGACUGGUAUUGAUUCUCAUUCCUUUACAGGAUCGUGUAUUGAUAGAGGGGUCAGCUAUCAUGAUGGAGAGCAGUGGUCACCAGUCAAAUGUGCUAAGUGUGUAUGUAACAAUGGCCAGUCACAAUGCUAUGUUGCAGAUUGCCCAACAUUAAUUUGUUCUCAGGAUGAAGAAGCAGUAGUAUCGGAAGGCAAAUGCUGUCCGGAAUGCGUUGGGCGAUCAUGUAUAGUAGAUGGCGCUGUUUACCAGGAUGGUCAAACGUGGAAGAGUGGGGUCUGUACACAUUGCCUGUGUAAAAGCGGUUCAGUCAGCUGUGUUGAUGAGACCUGUGUGGACAACCUCCCAUGUGCACCUGGAGAGAAAAGGAUACGUAGAGAUGACCAGUGCUGUUCAGAAUGUGUAUCAAGUGCAGCUACCUGUGAUGUUGACGGGGUUCGGUGGUACACAGGUGACAUGUGGAAUGUGACUGACUGUGAGUUCUGUUUCUGUCAAGAAGGUCUGAUAGCAUGCUAUCCAGCCGAAUGUUCCAGGACAGAAUGUAGAGAGGGUGAGACAUUAGUUCACAAGCACGGCCGAUGUUGUCCGGAGUGCCAUAUAUCUCAGGGAUACUGCAUACAUAACAGAAUAACAUAUGCUGCCGAUGAGACAUGGCAACCAGAUCCUUGUAGGACCUGUAACUGUAUGGAUGGCUUAGCUAGCUGUUUUAGAGUUGAUUGCCCCCCUUGUCCUGUUGGCACAGUGCCUCAGAGUAGCCCACAAUCUUGCUGCCCCCAAUGUGUUGUCGUGCAAUGUCCUGUAGAAUGUAUAUCAUGUGAUUCAACUGGCUGCACAUCAUGUCGGCAAGGGAGAUUGUUACAAGAUGGUCAGUGUGUCUCGGCUUGUAGACCGAGCUACUUCAAGGCAUCUGAGACGGUUUGCCAAGCCUGCCAUGAGAGUUGCUCUAUGUGUUCUGGUGGAACGGAAUACCACUGUACGGCAUGCAGGGAUGGCGACCUGCUCAAAUGGGGGCGCUGUGUUCCUGACUGCGGACCUAGCUUCUUUCAGUUUGAUACCACUUGUCAAGAAUGCAAUGCAAGCUGUGCUGCAUGUACAGGACCUAAGGCAUCAGACUGCAUAACAUGUUCAAACUCAAGUCAUAUGAUACAAGACAAUAGAUGUGUGCCUGAGUGUGGUCGACGAUUCUAUCGAAGAGAAAAUCAUUGCUAUCCUUGUGACCCAUCAUGUCAGUUGUGCUUUCUAGACAGUCCAUGGUGUGUGACCUGCCCUAGGAAUCACUUCCUGCAAGAUGGCGUCUGUGUUGAUGAAUGCAGCCUGGGAUACUAUCAAUCGAGCAAUGGACAUUGUGAAGCUUGUUCAUUGGCCUGUCUUGCCUGCAACGGUCCAGGGAUUGACCAGUGCACCCAAUGUCCUGGUCAGUCAGUCCUCAUGAAUGGCUACUGCCUCGCCAACUGCACUGCUGGAACCUUUAACCAAGCUGGACAAUGUUUAGGCUGUGACCCCUCCUGUCAUCAAUGUGAAGGUCCUAGCCAAUCAGAUUGUACAACAUGUAGGGCAGCCACAGAGAUGGUCCAGAGCAGACCACCUUUCAGGGGGCAGGUUCAAGGGGCGUGUUCACCCACCUGUAUCGAGGGAUACUUCCCCAGUGCAAAUGGCAUCUGUUUGCCAUGUAAUCCAUCGUGUCUGACCUGUUCCGAUUCACCUAUCGAUGCUUGCCUGUCAUGUCGCCCUCCACUGAUUCUAAACCAUGGAUACUGUGUCAGGAGCUGCAAUGAGAGACAAGUCGAUGUGGGUGGGAUAUGUGUUGAAUGUCAUCCAAGCUGUGCAACUUGCAGUGGACCCGACUCUAAUCAGUGCGCCACCUGUAAUGGUCCUGAUACCUUGCAGGGUGGUAUCUGUACCCCUGGCUGUAGUUCAUCUCAGUAUCCAGGCUCUCUCGGAAUCUGCCAAGAGUGCAAUGCUGAGUGUGGUACAUGUUUUGCCAACCCAGAGGGCCAAGGUAGUAGAUGCCUUCAGUGUUCAGGAGGGGGUAGUGGCAGUCAGUACCCUUUAGGUGAUACUUGUGUCUCAGACUGUGGUACUGGAUUCUUUCUGGAUCCUUCUGGAAUGUGCAAAGAAUGCCACACAUCAUGUAGGACAUGCACAUCAGGAGGUGUCUUUGACUGUUCCUCAUGUCAUGCUGGUCAUGUUUUAACACACACUAGUAUGUGUUCAUUGGAAUGCCACGGAGGAUACUACAAUGACGGUGGUAUAUGCAAAGCUUGUAACAUAGACUGCCUAGAGUGCGUGAAUGCCUUUGAGUGUCUUGUAUGUCGGGAUCCUACAGACGUCCUUCAGUUUGGUGAAUGCUCUUCGGUCUGCGCUGAACAGUACUACCUAGAUCCUGUCACAAGGUUGUGUAGAGAGUGUGAUUGGAGCUGUAACUCCUGCAAUGGCCCAGGACCUAACGAUUGUACCCAGUGUAUGGAUGGUCUCAAGCUCAGGGAUGGAUCCUGCGUCACGUCAUGCGGAGACAGCUACUAUGAAACGAGGAGGGAAUGCAGAGAAUGUGGCGAUGAGUGUCUGACUUGCCGAGGAUCGGGUGUGUGCACAUCCUGUCAGCCACCUCGCCUUCUCCUAGAUACUCAGUGUGUGAUGCAGUGUCCAGUAGGAUACUUCAGUGACUAUGGCACGCAUACAUGUAUUGAGUGUUCUGCUGGCUGUGUAGCCUGUGUGACUCCCAUAGAAUGUGUGACCUGUAUGCUUGGUACUUAUCUUCUGAGGAGCCAAUGCGUGGAGGAUUGUGGGGAUGGUUACUAUGCCAACCCUCUUAAUAACAUCUGUGAAGCUAACCUAUACCCACCAUCAUUAUAUGUGAACGGUUCUAUCACGACUGGUAUCGGAGGUAUACAAGUCUUAGAUACUUCAUUCUUCACUGCCUUUGAUCCUGACACAAGCAACAGCAAUCUCCUCUUCAUUCUUGUCAGCCCACCAACAAACGGUGAACUUGUUAAGAUAGAUCGUGGAAACAGCGUCAUCAUGGAAGCUCGUGAUACUUUUACAUACCCAGAGCUCGUGGCUGGUGAAGUGAGGUAUACGCAUAACGCGAAGCAAAUGCUCCAUGGGUAUGUCACCGUGAAAGUCAGCGAUCGCAUGUUUUAUUCAGAACCCGAGGACGUGGGCAUCAUCAUUGUUUCGCCUCACGCUCCGUACGUCACCCGGAACGAACCCCUCGUUGUCAUCGAAGGCGAAAUCGGGCAGCUAUCAUCAGGUCAGAACCUCCAGAUCCACGAUGACGACAACGCUGACAUGGUGGUCAUUUCGGUUAUCGAUGGCCCAAAGCACGGCAAGCUCAUCCGCCUUCCAGAUAGAUCAAGACUUCGCCAGUUUAGUCUGGAUGACUUGAGAUCGGGAUAUAUCAACUAUGUCCACGAUGGGAGUGAGACAGAAUAUGAUGUCAUCGUCUUACAAGUUUCCGAUGGUCAUAACAUCCUAAAUGUUCUCUUCAAUAUUCAUAUUAUCCCCAGGGAUGACCGCGGUCCCAUAUUAGUGAACAAUAUUCAGGGUUCGGUGAGAGAGGGCGGUCUUCUACUCAUUACAAGUGAUCACCUACGAGCUCAAGAUGUUGAUUCUCCGGACUCUGAACUUAUAUACACGCUGAUCCCUCCUACAGACAACCCUCGGCAUGGUGACAUCGUGAUGAUCGUUCCUGUAACCCAGGGUGGGGUAGCGGAUGGAUGGACAGAUCUUGGCAACGGGGUCAUGGAGAAACCUCUUAUAACCUUCCUCCAGAGGGAUAUCGAUCAAGGUUAUAUCUACUACAAGAACUCUGGUGCCGAAGCUUUCUCGGACUUCUUUAUGUUUGAGGUGUCUGAUUCAGCAGAGCCUCCUAACAUGUUGAGGGGUCAGGUAUUCAACAUUGAGAUCAUGCCUAGUAAUGAUCAGCCACCAAGACUGGUUCCUCAGGUUACCCCUCCUCUUGGCAUGCCUGUGCUCGAAGAUCAGCUGACGCCAUUUUCCAGGCAGUACCUUGCCUUCACCGACCCUGACAGCCCUGAUCGCAACAUCCUCUACAACAUUACCACGCCCCUCGGCCAACGGGAUGGGACUAUUGUCAACAGUGAUGCUCCGUUCCUACCAAUAACGGUCUUCACCCAGGCUGAUGUGAAUGCUGGUAGGAUCCUCUACCGUCCGUCCGUUCUUGAGGUUGGCCAUGUCUCCAGGGAUGUGACCUUCCAGUUCUCGGUUUCUGAUGGGUUAGAUGCAUCAGCUAACACAAUAGGACCACUACCAUUCACCAUCAGUCUUCUUCCGAGGGACAAUGCUCCACCGGUCUUCAGAGAUGCCAGCCCUCUCUUCCAGGUGAACCGAGGAGGGAUUGUCUCAGUGAGGGAAUACCUUGCUGACAUCACUGAUCUGGACACCCUGCUAGAGCAGUUGGUCUACCGGGUGGCUCUAGGUCCAAGACAUGGUACACUCUUCCAGAGUGGUUUUAGUUCUCUCAACCUUGAUACAGGCAACACCUUCACCUACAACCAGCUUGUCCAAGACACCUUACACUAUGUUCAUGAUGACUCGGCCACUGACCAAGAUAGCUUUGAGAUCACCGUUACCGAUGGUAGCCAUACAGCCAUGCUCACCGGUACCAUCCUCAUCACUUUCACUGAUACCACCAAUCCGUUCGUCAGCCGGACCGCAUCCCUCUCGCUUUACCUGCCGGAGAACAGCGAGGUCACGGUCACCCACGACAAUCUGGCCUUUGAAGAUGAUGAUACUCCAGCCGAUGGCAUCACCAUCGAGCUGAGGACACAACCCCAGCAUGGACGACUCCAGAGGAGAGUUGUCGGGGAUGUCUAUGAGGAUCUUGGUGUUGGGUCAUCCUUCACACAGACUGAUAUCAAUUCCUACUCAAUAAGGUACGUCUCUGAGGGUGAGAUAGGGAGCCAGCCAAUCAGUGAGGUCAUUAUGAUCAAUGUGAGUGACACCAGUGGGAACAGUCUUCAAGGUCAGACCUUCACGGUGACUAUCACUCCUGUCAAUGACCUUGCCCCUCUGGUGACAUUACCAACCCAGCUCCUGGUGACGGAAGGAGGUCGGGAAGCCAUCUCUAACCUUCAUCUCAGUACGACGGAUCUCGAUACCCGCGUCACUCAGCUCUCUAUCAUCAUGGAUACCCUGCCAAAUUUUGGAUAUGUGGAGAACAUUCGUGCUGGUAUUGGAUCAGAGCAGUCCAACGCUGGCAUUCCCAUCACAAGUUUCAGGGUACAGGAUAUCCUUGAUGGUGUCAUCUUUUACGUGAACAACAGACAUCAUAACAUUGAACCUGUUCAUGAUGGAUUCCUAUUUCAUGUGACCGACGGGGAGAAUGAAUCACCACAGAUGAGAUUCAAUAUAACAAUCCAGCUCGUGAACGAUGAAGAGCCAGUGAUCGUUACCGAGCAGGCCUUCGUACCCGAGGGUGAGGGUGUCAUCAUUGCCAAUGUAACCCUCUAUGCUCGUGACCUGGACACACCCACAGAGGAUCUUCUCUUUGAGAUAGUAAACUACCCUCAGCAUGGUAACCUAAGACGUAGGGACUUCAUCCAGGAUCCUAUCUACGCUGGCAAGAUCCUUGGGGUAGGAGACACUUUCACUUAUGAGGAUGUUGUUCAACAGUUGAUCAUCUACGUUCACGAUGGCUCGGACGUUAACGCUGAUACUUUCAGACUGUCUUUAACGGAUGGACUGUACACGGCUCAAGAAGACAUCCAUGUCAUUAUAGGCCUUGUCAACGAUGAGACACCCAGGCUGGCUACCAAUACAGGCCUCCGGGUCCAGAUAGGUUCAACUACAACAAUCAGUCCAGAUUCCCUACGAGCCACAGACAUUGACUCCGAAGAUGCCCAGCUUCUAUUCACGGUAGCUGCAGACCCCAACGUUGGUCAGCUUCGCUUUGUCACCCCAAGCAAGCAGUUUGACAUCAGUAGUGCUUCUCAGAAGAAUUCCUUCAGACAAAACGACAUCAACAAUGGUUAUAUCCAGUAUGUCCAUGAAUUGAAUGAACCAGCUGGAACGGUUGUUGUCAAGUUUACCAUCAGUGACCCUGAAGGAAAUGAUCUCAUUGAUCAAUCUUUCAUCAUCACUGUACUAGAGGAUCGUACCCCACCUCGCAUCUUGGCCAACCAACCCCUCACUGUUCAAGAGGGCGCCUCGCGCACCAUCACCACCGAGACCCUCUCAGCCACCGACGAUGACAGCAUCCCGGGUAACCUCAUGUUCUACGUGACUGAUGGACCGAACUAUGGCCGGGUGGAGCACUCGGACUUCCCUGGGUCAGGAAUCUCUCAGUUCUCCCAAGCAGAUCUUGCUGCUGGAGCAAUAAGCUAUGUCCACACUAGUCCUGAUGAAAAUAUGAUGGAUAGUUUUACAUUCACUGUGGAUGAUGGCACCAACCAGGUGACACAGUCAUUCUAUAUCAACAUCAGUCCUGUGGAUGACUCCCUUCCGUUGGUAUCUAAUCUUGGGAUGCGUGUACAGGAAGGAGUUAGAAAGACCAUCACUGAAUUUGAACUGAAGGCCAUCGAUCUAGACACUUCUGAGGACCAUAUCAUGUUUACAGUGUUCACCCAGCCUACCCACGGGACGGUCGACUUCACCCUGGACAAUGUACGCUAUGCACCGACCCUCACCUUCUCAAUGGCUGAUAUAUAUGAGAAUCGUAUCAGCUACAACCAUGACGGCUCUAACACACUCUCGGAUCAGUUCCAGUUCAUGGUCUCGGACGGCACUAAUCCUAUGUUUGUGAUUGAGAAGGGGACAGAGCUCCAGACAACCUCUGCUCCACAGGUGUUUGACAUCACAGUGAUGCCAGUAGAUGAUGGUACACCAAGGAUUGUCACUAACAAUGGUCUCUCAUACCUAGAAUAUGUGGAUGAUAGGGCUAUGGGUGUGAUCACGAGUCGCACCCUCCAGACGAUGGACACAGACACAGCCGACCGGUCUUUAGUCUACACCGUCACCACACCCCCAAGGCAUGGUUACCUAGAGAGUACUCUGAUUCCAAGAACACCGGUGGCUGCAUUUACUCAGGAGGACAUUAACAACGGUUUGAUCCGCUACGUGCUAACACCAGGUUCUGAGUCUGAGACCAGCGAUAGCUUCGUAUUCGACGUUUCCGACACACACCCUAACAUGGUGAUCGGAACGGUGUACAGAAUCCGCUGGUCACUCAUCCACUUUGAGAAAUCACACUACAACGUGAGCGAGACACAAGGAACCAUUAGUGUUACACUGAAAAGGACAGGCAAUGUGAAUCAGUAUGCCAUCGUCCUCUGUAGUACCGAGCCCGCUUCCGCUACCUCCUCCUCCCGGGCAAACCCACGACAGGGCCAGAACGACUACGUUGAACACUCGGGCCAGGUCCAGUUUGAAGAACGAGAGGAGACCAAGACCUGUACUAUCAUCAUCAACAAUGAUGCGAUCUUUGAGGGACCAGAAGAUUUCAUUGUUGUACUAAGCACACCAGCCUAUGCACUGCUAGGGGAACCUUCUAGAGCUAUUGUCUCAAUUAAUGAUAUUGAAGAUGAACCCAGUAUUGAGUUUGCAGAUCUGGAAUACCAUGUUGAUGAAAGCGCUGGCUUCCUUUUCGCUCCAGUCAUUAGGAAAGGUGAUGCAAGCACAUCGGUAUCUGCCAUCUGUUUCACCGUACCCCGCACAGCUACAGGGAGCAGUCUGACUGGGCUUGAAUCAGGGUCUGAUUAUAAGACUAGAGGUAUGGCCCUUGAAUAUCAAGUAGUCUUCCCUCAAGGAGUCAACACUGCAUCGUGCGAUAUUAAGAUUAUUGAUGAUUCGCUAUAUGAGGAGGAGGAGGAGUUUGAGAUAGUUCUAUCUAUGCCAUCGUAUAAUACCAGGAUUGGAAGGAAGGCUAGAGCAAGUGUUAUCAUCAAUGGACCUAAUGAUGAAUCCACCAUCUUCUUUGGCCAUUCCAACUAUGUGUUUGGAGAGGACGCCGGGACAGUGGAGAUUGAGGUCUAUCGCCAUGGCAGCGACCUCUCCUACACCUCAAUGGUUUGGUGUGCACCUAAAUCAACCAGUCCUCAGUCGGCCGCCCCUGGACAAGAUUUUGUCCCGAAUGCCAACAUGCUGACCUUUAACCCUCAGCAGACCGUGGAGGUUUGUCGGAUUACCAUCGUUGAUGACUCGGCCAGUCCUCACCUAGAAGGGAAUGAAACCUUUAUUGUUUUCCUGAGUUCAGCGAUGAAUGCAAUGCUAGGAACCCCAUCAGAGGCCAUUAUACUCAUAAAUGAUUCCUCUGACGAUGUACCCACAAUGCAAUUCCUGACGACCAAGGUGAGCGUUGAAGAGAAGACGGGUGUGGUCCAUGUUCCCGUGAUAAGGACUGGUGAUCUUUCUUAUGAGUCAUCUGUCAGAUGUUUUACCCGUCAGAAGACUGCUCAAGUCAUGAUGGAUUACGAUGAAAGACUCAAUACAGAUGACUUUAGGAUAGUCUUUGCUCCAGGAGAAAAGAUCAAGAAUUGCACUGUACGACUCGUUGAAGACAGUACUUAUGAGCCGGAUGAGACCUUCCUUGUCAAGCUUACUCUGCCGUAUGGAAGUGAUAUUUGUGAUGCAAGAAUUGGAGAGAACAAAACAUCGUUAAUUACAGUGACGGACAGUGAAGACGCUCCUACUCUCCAAUUUGAGCGGAUGGCUUACAGCGUCCGAGAACCGAGCGGUCAAGACUUGAACAACUAUGUGGACAUCAAGGUCAUCCGUACUGGAGAUCAGAAUCGGACGUCCAGUGUCAGGUGUAGUACCAGGGACGGGUCAGCCAAGUCUGGAGUGGACUAUGAACCUUACUCUAAGGUCCUUCGUUUUCAACCAGGUGUCCUAUCAAUAGACAUACAGGUGGAGAUCUUAUACAAUGAAGAUAUGGAAUGGCAUGAGACGUUCUCUGUCAUCCUAGGACCAACUGACCCGGACAAUGCAUUAUUAGGACCAAUUUCCAUGGCAACGGUUACUGUGAUCGACGAGGAGGCGGCAGGCAGUGUUGUUCUUCCUGCUCCACCAGUGGUUGUAUCUCUAAUGGACUAUGAUAAUAUUGGCACGGUUCUUGACAUAGAUCCUUCACCAGGAUAUCCUCUUGUAUGCUGCACACCUUGUGACCCACACUUUCCGGAGUAUUCCAUGACACGCUCCAUGUGUCUUGAUUCUGGUAUUAACAUCACCAGCAUCCGUUACAACUGGGAGGUAUCCACACCGCUGGACAAUGACGGCACCCGAUCCCCGUUCGAGCGCAUCGUCGACACCACCCCGUUCUCAAGCUCGAACCACAAGGUCCUGGACAGCAUCUACUUCAGUCGUCGCUUCCAGGUGCGCUGCGUCGCCCAGCCAUACGACAUGAGAGGGCGUCCCGGUGUUCCGCUGCGGAGCAACAUAGUGACCAUUGGGACGGAGAACGGCAUCUGCCAUACACCCGUUACUGCCGGUGUCUCGCGGGGACUACAGGCGCAGUCGUUCAUCGCCAAUCUGCAGUACAUCGGACCGGAAGAAGAAGAGCACCCGAACACCUUACAUGUCUCCGUUGAGGUCCCGCAUCAGGAUGGCAUGUUGCCGAUCGUCUCGACCAUCGCCAUACAUAACAUCCGCUUCCUUCUGACGGAACCCGUCUACCGAUCCGCCCACAUCUGCUCUAACCUGAUCAACACAGAGCAUGGUAGUGGCCUUCAGGAGUAUUCAUUCCUUGAUCAGGUCGAUUAUGACAACAUGGUCAUGGGGCCAGGAUACGAUUAUCCUUACCAGUUCGACCCCAACGUCCGAGAGGAACGAACGCUACAGCUUUACAAGAACCUGAACCUCAAGAGCUGCACCUGGCAGUUUGAUGCUUACUAUCACAUGACUGAGCUCAUAGACCUGUGUGGGGGCGCUGUGAGCUCGGAUUUCGAGGUACGAGAUGGAGAUAAGAGUUUCCUGACGGUGACUGUUCCGUUGUAUGUGUCUUACAUCUAUGUCAUGGCUCCAACUGGCUGGGCUUCAUUAGAUCAUCGUACUGAGAUGGAGUUUUCAUUUUUCUACAGUACAAUUCUAUGGCGAACCGGUUUGGAGACAGAGAGUGUGUUGAGUGGUAGAUUGCAGGUCUUGAGGAUAUGGAUAGGUGACAAUGGCAACCUUGUUAUUGAUUUCAAAACAACAACAAAAUUCAGAGGCUUGUUUGUUAUCAACCACCACACGCUUGAGAACUAUAAAUCACGUGUAGUCCCACCCCUUGAGCUUGGUGUAGCUUUUGACUUGGAGCUUCUAUGGAGUGAAGGAACCUUUGACAGUCCACAACAGCUAUGGAGAGCCACAAGUUCUUAUAAUAGAAAGGAUUAUUCCGGUGAUUACAUCAUUGAGCUGAUACCAUGCACAGUGACCCCUACUCAGUCUUAUGAUGUCGCUCCUGAUAUGCCAAUAGUCUGCACUGCACAUCCACCAGAAAAAUUUGUAGUACCUAUCGCCUUCCAGCAGACUAACCGACCAGUACCGGUAGUCUACUCUCUAAACACAGAGUUUCAUUUGAUGAAUAAUGAAAAAGUUUUUAUGAUGAAUCCUGUGGAGGCUUCCAUGACACUUGGAGAGAUGGAUUAUAAGGGAGCAUUUUCAAAAGGACAAACAAUUUUUGGACGAGUGCUUUGGAACCCAGACCAGGACCUGGACCGGGCUUAUAAGCUUCAGAUCCAGAAACUCUUUAUCUGUACCGGUAAUGAUGGUCAUGUGCCAUACUAUGAUCCUUCUGGUACGGUCUAUGAAGAGGGGCCACAGUUCGGAUGUAUGCAGAACAAUAUUAACCUCAAAGAAAGGUUCCUACUACUGGAUCGUGGUAACCCUGAUGCUGUCCACCCAGAUUUCAACGAUGUCCCGUUUGAUGCCAAGUUUGCAGGAAACUCUGCACCCUAUAAGAUUGUUAGUCAGAUGCCUGGAGUAGAUGGCUUUACAAUGAACGUUGAUCCGUUAUACAAGGUCAACUCUGGUCAUCAGUGGUACAUGCAAGUAGUGUACACCAUCGGCCCUACAGAUGGACCACCACGAUACAAACGCUCUAUGAUGGGUGCUAUAAACAAACGCGCAGCAGGAUCCAAAACACCAAAUGGAACCAACAUGCAUCCUCUUCUACUUAGUAAAGAAGAACUAGAAACUUAUUCUAAUCAGGGUAUAGAUUCCAACAUUACAACCAUUGCAUCAGUAUUAGUAGCGAUCGUCCUCGUUAUAUUCAUCAUUAUAUUAUUUGUUCGGUGGAGGCGACAAGAGCAGGGAAGGAGGAGAGAAGCGGUGACGACAGAGUUGUUUCCGAACAACCGAGACAGGGCGGCAUCGCGAGCAAGUCUUGCGUCUGUCAAAGCAGCGUAUCCAAAGCUCCAAGAGGAAGAGAUGGAAAUGGAUUAUCAAAAAUCAGUCAAAGUCAGCACUCUAAAUAUUUACAAACCUGACAACUUAAAUAGGUCGCAGGCCAAAGUUAAAAAGGUCAAUUUAGAGGUCAAAUAUCAGGGUCAAAAUAGUGGUGAGGGGGGAACAGAAGUUUGACCCCUGUUCACAAUAUUAUAUUGAUGUUUUUCUCUUAUUUUUGUUCAUUUAGUUGUUGAAACGCUUAGUAAAGUUUAAUAUUAUCUGCCUUCUAUAGAUUACUGCCAAACUUGUCCAAGUUUUAUUUUAAAAUGUUAACUUCAGUUCUAUUUUCAAGAUUCCAUGUAGUUUGCUGAUUAUGAUUCUCAGCUAGUGCUUGGUUGGCCAGCAUGGGAAUAUCAAUUUGAGGUUUGGUUUUGGAAUAGUACUUUAUUUACUUUGAUGUAAUAGAGUUUGUUUUCGAUAUUUGAUUGAUUUUUAUCAUAUAUUUUCUACCUCUUCUUUGCAUGAGAUAUCUGUGCUGCAUUUAUUUUUACCCAUGUGGAUCAAGCAUGGGAGAAAUAGUAUUCUUCGACCCAACUUAAACUAUUCAAUAAUCAACUAUAUAUAAUUCUGAAUGAAUGUGUGUGCUAUUAUGCACUUCUUCCGAAUUGAGGAGUAUGCUCAACCUACAUGUUGACAUUUCAUUUUCUACCGCUGUUUUUCUUUUAUUUAAGUACAUGUAGCUGCAGCAAACUUCUGAACUUUGAAAAUUUGAUUCCAAUAAAUUUAUCUCUUAUACAUUUUGUGACCAAUUCUAGGAUGCAUGAUACCUCGGUUGGUAGAGCCAAGGUCUCACAAUUUGGUGAUCCGCCUUCAAUUCUCAUUUGUUUUGCUUUGCCAUUUGGUAAGGCAUUCAUCCUCAAUAUCAGGUCUCUUUGAUAUUCUAAUUAAGCCUUUAGUCCUCUUGUUGCUUGCUUACAAGCAUUUAUGCCUUCUUAACAAUCAGAUAAUAGCGAGUUUUUGCAAUAGUGACAUGGACAGAUUCUAUAACAUCUAUCGAAAAUGCCUUUCAAAUCACAAUGAACUGCUUUGUCGAAAAUUUCUCAAACAGACAGCUGAUCAUCAUAACAUUUUUAGCGUACGAAAAAUUGCAAAUAUGUCGUUUGUCCAGAGUCCAAGACAACACUGCUGUUUUGAUUCACCGAUUUCUGACAAAGGCUGCUUUGUCACAAUUGGCGGCUUUUGACAAUAGAUUCUCAUUGUUCCAGAAAGUGUCUGCUUAAUGGUUGCAAAAACUCCCUAUCAAGAUCACCACCACUACCGACAUCAUUCUGUGAGGAUUGUUUUUGCUGGUGAUACCAAAGCGCAUCCAAAGGCAUUAUCAUCUUCCUUUCAGACAAUACCAUGUUCCAAACAAAUGCUGCAGGUUUAAUAAUGUGUUCUUGAUGAAAGCAAUAAAUCCUUUACAUCACUAUGUAUAUGUAUGGCUUGAUGUACAACUUCCAAAUGAAUACUCAUCAAGAUAUAAACAAAAAUCAUGCUUCCACCUCGAAAGGACGCUUGAAAUUUUCAAAAACUGAUUUCUCAUGGUUGACAAUGAACUGAUGGUACGAUAUCUCUAUUCCUAUAGAUCAGUUGACAUGUAGAAUAGAAUUUAUCUAUAAGUUGUGAUUUAUCCGAUAGUUGUAAAUGUUUUUGCUUCAGAGUAUCUUCUGAGUUGUAUUGUGGCUUGAAAGUUGAUACGUAUAUAUUUAAUAUUGAUAGGCGUGGCCUCUCUCCUUUGUCACAUCUUGUUUGAAAGCAAGACUAAUGUUAUAAUGGUGCUAUGCAAAUGGGUGCUUUACCUUGUAAAUAUCAUAUUCAGUUUUUUUUAUGUAUGUAGUUUGUGAGAUACAAAGAUUAAGUUAUUCAAUAGCUUUAUGAUAUGCUAGUUGUGAAACAUUGUAAAAAGUAUGAAUGCUUGCUAAAGCAGCCUGAAGAUGAGGUUUGAUAUUUGAAAAUGACUGCAUAUGUUUCUUUUUAGAUUUUAUGUUUAGUGUUGUAUGAUUUCUUUCCAACUUUCUAUCAGUGUUUCAUUAGUCUUUUUUACAGACCUUGAACGAUGUAUGAUAAAUUCUGCAUUUUGUACGUUUAUGGUGCUCAAAUUGAAAGUCAACAGAUGUUUUGUCAGGAAGAAAAACAAACCCUAUGCAUUAAAUUUUGUAAUAGUUCAUGCAGAUGUCGUCUGUCUCAAUUGCAAUAUGUUUCCUUGAUUUUGAUGCUGUAAUGUAUAGUAAUAGUAUGUAAGUGCAUUCUUUGUCAUUCAAUUUUCCUUUUUCAUUCAGUAAAAUAAUGUUUAUUUCUUGUAUCCAUUUCUAACAAAGAGAAAAAUAAUUAUCGUGAUGAAAUAACUGUUUAAACACAUGUUAAGCUCCCAUCUUUUAAGAUUUUUUUCCUAUUUCCAACCUUCUUCAAAUAUCCACUCUUUGUUAAAAUUUAUCAGUACUUCAAACUCCCGAUAUACCAAUUUGAUUUCCAACAAAAAAUGAUCAAUUAUUGAAAAAUAUUUAUUUUAUCUUCUUUCCUUUUCUUCCAUAAUGUUGUAUCGGAAACACAGACAAAUUAAUUUAAUCGAAAUGAAACUUGAUUUUUCUUGAUUUUUAGAAUGAUUUUUUAAAAUGUAUUAUCUGAAAUAUAGGUGUAUGCUUUUGUUUAAUUCAACUAUUCUAUAAUUUUGAUUUAUAGCAAUAUUGUUAUAAUGAAAUAAUAUUAAACAAUGUACAAUAGCUGACAUACUAACAAAAUUUGACAAUUUAUACAGUUUGUAACCCUGCUUUUAUUGUAAAAAAAAAUAUAGCCAUUUUCCUGUGUAGUCAAUGUUUCUCUAUUCACUUAAUGUUGUACUUCUCAUAUUUAUUUUUUUUCCAAUCUUUUAUUUAUUAUCAAAUACACUAUUCUUGAUAAUACUGAGAAGAGUUUGAUAUUCAUUUUGUACUCAAACACGUUUCUGUGUUAUGUUUUAUUAUCAGGUUUGCUUCUAUUUCUACAUGUUAAUGCUGAUGAACAUCAAAUGUUCGAGCAGGUAUUAACUCUUAUCUCCUUACAACUCUCACGUUGGUUAUAAACAAUGAAUGCUAAUUUAUCAAUUUAGAGUUUUAUCAUGAGAAAAGAUUCAAUGAUUUUGAUUGAUUUCCCAAAGCAAAGUCAUUUAUAUUUGGUGGUUUUUUUGGUAAUCUUAGAUUUAAAUUCAUGUUCAAUUAUCUCAGGUACAUGUAUCAGAUUUGUUUGUGGCUUAUUAUUAUACUUUUUUUUAUGUUGCUUUUAUUUCUAACUUGCAAGCACAUGCUUUAAGUUUGUUAGUAAACCAGAGGCUGAUCUCUUGUCUCAUUUCUUGGAAGUCUUAUUGAAAAAUACAUUAUAUUAUCCAGUUAUGCUGACCCAACAUUUACAUUUAUGAGGUAAAAGAUAUUUUGUCAGGGCCACCCGCUGUGUAAUGUAUCGGGUCUGAUGUGGAAAGACUACACUUUGUAUUUGAGUUAGCCUUUUGCAUCUCAAUUCGUAUUUGCUACCAGUACGAUACAGACCAAUCGGGAGCCGUCUUUCGUUAUGGCUAACUCUAAAAUAUUAACAAUGGACAAUAACGAGUGUGAGAAUCCACUGUUUGUGAUUGGUCAGUUAGUGUGAUUUUCUACCCAGUACAAAGCGAUGAAUAUACACGAGGUCCAGCGAAUGCUUCAUUGCACACAUUAAAAAUGAUUAGUACAUAAAGAUCCCAAUAACCUUUCAAUAUAUUGUCCAUAUGAUAGUCAUCGAUCAAUGCAGAUGUUUUAUCUACAAUCUUGCUCAUUUCUAUACACUGCACAAAAUGCUAUGGGCCAUGGUAUUCACAGUUAACAAGAUUUUUAUGUGGUUUAUCCUUGUUUCAGUGCAGAUCUCAAUUCUUAACUCUUAUUUUGACUGAUACAACUGUGGUAGAUAAAUUGCUGUUAGAUUUUGGAAUCUCAGAUAAAAUAUUUUUGUUUGUUUUGAUCUUUUUAUGCUCUAUUCUAUUUAGUAUCAUGAUUUUCAUAUGCCUCUAAUCUAUUUCUUUUACUUUAUUUUGCUUGGGAAUAUUUGUAGAUACCAUGUCUUUUAAGGAGUACAUGUCUAUGAUACUUUGGCUUGAAGUAGGGCACUGGAAUUUCAAAGUGUAAAUUCUGACAAACUUUCUGUGGUAGUCUUCCCUAAUAUUUUGAAGAAAAACAAAAUUGUUGUAAUUGUUUUAUUAGUGAUUUAUAUAUGUAUUCAAUUCAAUCUAUUUAUAACCUUUUGUAUAACCCUGUGAAGAUGAUAUUGAUCACAUACCUGACUUGAAUCAUGAGAUUUGUAUGUAAUGUUGCAUUAAUUGUCACAACUAUUGCUAUCUUGAGGUCUAUAGGCUGAACAUGUAAAUAAACAUUGUCUUUAUUACAAAUUGUGAUAAAUAGAUAUUGAAUAUCUUUGAAUAUUCAGUCAAGAAACAGUUGAUAAUUUCCAAGAGAGCAAGUCGAUUUUUAAACAGUAAAGACAUGACUGAAUCUUAAUGAAAAUGCUAUUUUUAUAAAAAUAAUAUUAUGGUGUUCUUAUAGAAAUGAUAUUCAAACAUUUUUAUAGAUCAUGAAGAAUGGCUGUAAUUGGUCAAAUAAUGAAUUUAUGUGACAAAUUUUGUGGGCCAACAUGUUUUGUUGUCUCACGGCAUCUUUAUUUGCCAUUCAUGGUGUAGUCAUCUUUGAAUAAAAAAGGGUCAUCUGAAGAUUAAAUAUGAAAAA